CCUAGCAUUCUGGAUAACAGGUCCCAUACCUGUAUUAAGUUUUACAUUAGAUAUUGGUUUGACUAGGCAAACACUGGAUAUGAGCAUGGAGCUUUAUUUAUCUUCUUUCUAAUAAAAGACAUUUUUGAUAUUUUGUAUUACAGAACCAAAUGAUCAAAAGAAAAAUGAAUUACUUCAGAAGAAUGAAUUACUGAGUCCGAUUAUUUCAGCAGUUAACUUUGAUGGCAGACCGACGAAUUUUAAAAAUAAAGAAAAUGAUUUGCCCCCUGAAGCACCAGAAAAAGCUUCCAUGGUUCAGGGACUGCAAGACAAAAUGAAGAAGCUGAUUCAUACGGUAAAAGGCAAAUUCAGGAAAGAAAUACCAGUACCGGACACCACAGAUGUCUCAGCUACACCUGUAACAGACUCACCUGGAUUACUACAAAAGGGCAAAGCCAAAUUACAACAGAUUGCAGCGAAAGGCGAGUCUGCAAAGAAGAAAAUUACAGAUAUGAUAAGUGAUCUCAAGAACAUCAAUGGAGCUAAUGCAAAGAAGAAAUUAGCAGAUAUGAUGAGUGGUAUCGAGAACAGCAAAGAUUCCAAAAUCCAGGAAAUCAAAGAUACAAUGACGAAGUUGCUUAAUACCAUUAAAAACAAAUUCAGCAAAGGUGAAAUAAAUACAGACCAACCAGUAGAAGAUAUGCUAACAGAAGCUUUUGAAAAUCUGGCAAAGCAAAGAAUAAUAAGCACAAAGAUUGUCUGCUCGCUUAUCCUGAUUUGUGUUGGAAUUAUCGUGUGUGUUGCUGUAUACAGAAUUUGCCACCGAAAGAUGUAGGUGUUAUUUCAAUACAUUUCUCUUUAUUGUCAACUUCUGUCCAAAAAUAUAACAUUCUAUUUCUAAUCUUGUCAUACAGUGAAAAGGAUAAAGUAAGCAAAAUGGAGCAAGGCACUUCAUAAGACUUAGAAUGACUCAAGACAAGAAAGCAACACGGUCUCCCACAGAUUCCUCUAUGAACAACUAGAAUGGAGUGAUCUCAUAAUCUUCAAGACAAAUCUUUCUAGGCUUAAGGAGCAUUUUUAGCAACACCGAACGUUCAUUUUCACCAAGAACAAUCAUUUUCACCAAGAACAAUAAUUAUAAGCAAUAUAAACAAUAUAUGCAGGUGCAUAUACAUUUGACAUACAAUA